AUGGACUCUAGCGCUACGAAUACAGUUGAGCCCAGAGGUCUCAGCGAUUUUAACGCCAUGUCGCGCGCUGGUCUCAUUGGCACGGUCACCAGUCUGCUUGUCACUGGAAUUUUCCCUGUAUUUGCAAAGCUUUCUUAUGUAUUCAGUCACUUGCAGCUUUUAAUGGCAGCCGUGGUUUUGCAGGUACUAGAAUUUGUUACUUGUGCGACCGCCAAAAACUUUUCAGCCAUUUUCGGCGGAACUGUCAUUUCAGAACUGGGGCAGGUCGGCUUCAAAACAUUUAUCACUAGUAUUCUGUCCGACAUUCUGCCCAUCCACUUGCGUGCCUCUGUUGCGGCAUAUGUGUCUGUACCCAGCAUUGUUAAUUAUUAUUUGGGAGUCGAGGUUGGUAAUAGCUUGGUUGACAGGUGUGCUCGUGUUGCCACGGGAAAAAUAAAUGACAGUGGUGUAAAGGAGAACCCUUUAUUCACACCGGUUUUGAGCAUUAUGACAGAUCUAGACAUUCUCAGACUAAUUCUAUUCAGCGGUGGGAUUAUUUCUAUUUUUGCACCCAUGGGAAUGCAACUCAACAUUUUAUAUGGGUGGGUGGGCGUGCAAUUUAUUGCGCCCCUGUUCAUUGGUGUGUUUCCCCUGAUACUCUUUGUGUACUACGAGCGUUUCUUGGCCACGUUUUCCGUAGUGCCGUUUAAGCUGUUCAAGUUGCGCACAUUUACAUGCGCAGUCAUUGUCAACGUAUUUUUCAACUAUUCAUCAGGCAUAUCCCUGUACUACUUUAACCCGUACACUCAGGUCACAAGCGAGAUGACAUCGCGCAUGGCUAUGAUACUGCAGAUGGGAACAACUGGGUAUUAUAUUGAAAUUGCGGUUGUGCAAUUGGUUCAAGGCAUUGGUGGUGGCAUUGUCACCAGCUGCGUCGGUAUUGGAGUGCAAGAAUCCGUAUCAACUGUAGACAUGCCGAUUGCCAUUACAUUAUAUGGAAUGGUGGCUUGUCUUGGAAGUGUCGUUGGUGAAGGCACCUCAAUAACUGUUUGGGUAAAUAUGCUUCCGGCUAAGCUUGAGGCUGGAAUUGUCAUGUUUGGACUUGUACCUCAUGACUUGUCUGAGAUACAUUUGGAUGACUGA